GCCAACGGACGUCCAAACAAUACGGAGCCGAUGCAGUUAGAGUAACGGUAUUCGUUUCGUUUCAGUUCAUGUUUCCAUUUCCGUUUACCGCUUCGUCAGCUCUUUAAGCAACGGUCAGUCGCGAAACAAGACGGGACAAGCCGAGACGGCACGGUACGGGACGGGACGGGAAAAUACUGGCAGUUAGCAAACUCCAACAACAACAACAAGAAAAUUGAGAAACAAAGAAAACAAAGCAACAACAACAAUAGUGAAAAUAAAAUGGAGUUUCUUGGAAUUUCAGUUGCGUGAAGUCAAGUGAAGUUAAACAAAGUAAAAAAAAUCACAUCAUCUUAUAUACAAAAUGCUCAGCAAAAGAGCAAUUUAUCAGCAUCCCUGAAGUGUGCUACGAAAUGUGUGAAUAACAACAACCACAACAACCACAACGACCACAACAACAACAAUUGUAAUAACAAGAAAAGCACACGCGUGUAAUUUGUCAAACGGCAGACACACACACGCACACACCGCACUCUUACCUGACGUGCUUGCCAGUUCGUCAGGUGAGCGCGCGCGCGCGUUUUUUGUGUGUGCAUCUAAAAAACGCGCGCGCUUUUUAACGCUCGUGCUUGAAUAAUGUAUGCAGACAAAGGAUUAAGCUGUGUAGCAUAUUAAAUGGUUAUGUGACUUCUUAUAGAUGGCAAGAACAGAACUGUGGGUGUGUAUAUGAAUUUUGGGAAUUUAUGCCUGUGCAGUUUUCCAUCGAUUUUCAUCUUGCGCCAACAACAGACCGGGGAUGAAAAACCAAACAUAUGAAACGGAUUUGAUAUUAACAAAAUAUGCAGAAACAAGAAAAAAGGCGCGAGCUGCGCUUGAAGCGAUUCUGGCGCUCGCCAAAAACAACAUCAUCGGAGGAAUCAACGGGCUAUGAGAGUCCGACGCGGACGAAGCCAGCCAGCAGCGAUGCACAGCGCUUCAAUCAUCUGCACUACACGAGCCUCUCCCAGGGGUCGGGCACCACCUCCUCCUCGACGACGGCGGCGGCGACGGCCGCUGCCAACGGGGCAUCGGGCAGCAGCAGCAACAAGCCAUCCUGUUCGCUGCCGCUGCUGCAGGUGUGGCCCAGCCAGCCGCUUUUGCGACAGGAGGGCUUCGUACAGUUGCGCCGUAACAGUGGCCCCGAGGGCCAGCGGGACUCACCGCGCGGCGAGGCGGAUGGCCAGUCCUUCAUCUUUCCCGCCAUUGUGGAGACGAGCGUCGGCAGCACCAAUGUGGCGUCCACCAGCAGCAGCAGCAACAAUGACAACAACGACAGCAACAACUCCAUCAGCACCAGGCGCAGCAACAAUCACCUGACACUGAGAACGGAGCGCCGCAGCUCCCUCUACUGUGAUACCCUGCACGCUGGCGACUCUGGCAUCGACUCAGUGCAGGCAUCGCCCUCGCCCAAUGCAUUCAUCGCACCACCGGGCGUACACGGUCUGCCCGGCGGCCAUUCGGGCGGCAGGUCAUGCCAUGUGUCGCCCACGAGCACGCCCACCCAGGGCUCGCCGAAUCUAUCGCUGGGUCGCCGGCACACGCGAAACAGCAUCUGUGUGGUGCCCAGCGGCGGUGCGGCCAAUUAUCGACGUAAAUCAAGCGCAUUACUGCAUCCGGAUCAUGCUCGAUUGUUUGCGCUGCGGAUGAAGCAUGCGGCGGCACUGGAACGGGCGCAAACAUCGCCGGAUCAGACGUCGAUUGAGGAUGCGAAUGAGUUCCAUGACAAUGGACUGGCCACCAAUAUGCGUUUGUGCUCUGCCUCGUCGUCGACGACGUCGUCGCUGACAUCCGUGGCAGCGGUCAGCCUGGGCGGGGGUGUGGCGGCUGCCAGUGGUGGUGGCAGCAGUGGCGGCAUUGCCACCGCCAGCAGCGGCGCCUGCUCCUCCUCCGCUUAUGCUGUCGGCGCGGCGGGCGCACAGCAGCGAGUCUCCGAUCCCUGGCUGCAGCCACAAUCCGAUCGUGACUCGCGACACGGCCAUCAACACGACGGCCGACGGCGUUCAUCGACAAUGACCGCCCGCUAUUCGCUCUUCGAUGCACUCGAUCUGGAGUACGUGCUGCUCCGGGCGGCGGCGCGCGGCUCUGUGGGUCCCUACUCGCUCAGCGAGUCCAUACACAAAUUGACCUUCACACAGUCGCUGGCAUUCCCAGCGCUGGCGCGCGGUCUGGCCACCAAGCGCCGGAGAUCGGCUACGCACACCAGUUCCAGGCCGCUAAAUCCGCACGAAUCGGGCUUGAAUACGUGCGCCAAGGUUGUUACCGCUGUCGUCCUGGUUGCCAUCUCCUUUAUGGUAUUCCUCAUAGUGUACAAGUUUGUGCGCACGUGAGGUUUGCUCCUGGCCCCGACGCCAGACUUCUCCGUCACAUAUCAGACGACCAGCAGGGAUGAGGUGGAUGCCUCCAGCUCAUUCCUGUUGACCACGUCAUCGGCGGGACGCAGUCUGGGCAAACAUUUGUCGGGGUUCAGGAGCCAAUUGGGCCUCAAGCAGGCUGACUUUGAAUUUGACUUUGACUCUCAGCAGUAGCAGUCAGACGGAAAUUGUAAAAUGCAGUAACGAAAAAUUUGUGAUAAACUUUUCAGAUGA